AAUGGGAGAACACACCUGGCCUUGCCCCUCUCAACCCCUCUCAUCUCCAAUGGCAGGUCCCAUAUAAAAAAAACUGUAUCCUUGACUGUUGGUGCUUCAGUGAAAAUCAAAGGGACACCUUCUAAGUCGUUCAGCGUGAGCCCAGAACUGCAUGUGGAUUUCCACACUGAAGCGAACAAAACCAUCGCCUUCCAUUUCCGCGUGUGCUUUGGCAAGCGUGUGGUGAUGAACAUCCGUCAGGGUGGGAAGUGGGGUCAAGAAGUGCAAUCCACUGUUAUGCCCUUUGAGAAUGGCCACCACUUUGACUUGGCCAUCUUGGUGCUGUUAUCCGAGUACCAGAUAACGGUAAAUGGUCGCCAUUGUUACACUUUCCCCCAUCGAAUUGACCCAGGAUCUGUGAAGAUGAUCCGGGUGUGGAGAGAUGUCUCCCUGACCUCAGUGACUGUCGCUUAGAGAAGGAUGUGACCAGACUCCCCGUUGUCAAGGAGAUCCCUCCACCUAAGUGACCCUGUGGUUCCCAGAGCUCACUGACAACACGGGUUCUCACCCUUCCACCAGACUUGGUCAUUAAAACUUCUGAAAACA